AUGUUACACGAGCAGACUCCAUGGUUUCGCGACGAGCGCAGUGGGGAUGUCGCUGCGGCAGCAGUCGUGGCACCGUCGCAGAUUGUUGAAGCCGAGUUCCCGCCCAUCACAAGCGCGGGGGUCGGUGUACUGAUCGUCAGCGUGUUGAUGCCUCUGGUUGCGACUGGAUGGACGGGGUUGAGAGUUUGGACUCGACGGCUUAGAGGCAUCUCGCCGUUCCUCUUGGAGGAUAUUCUCUGUUAUCUUGGUCUUCUUGUGUUUUGGGGUGUUGGUAUCAAUUACAUCUGCAUGGUCGUUAUCGGUGGCGGCGGCUACCAUCUUCGCCAGCUCCAGCCCAUUCAAGUUAAACGAUUCUCGCAAACGACCUUCGCCGCACAGGUGCUGUAUGCCCUCGCUCUGGGCUUCACCAAGAACAGCCUCGUAUGCAUGUUGAAGCGCAUCUUUUUCACACAGAACUAUGCGUGGAUCGCAUAUAUGAUACUAAGCCUCAAUGUCGCCUGGAUGGCUCAAACUAUACUUACUGGUAUCCUGAUCUGCCGGCCUAUCACCAUGAACUGGGAUCCAACGGCACGGGGCCACUGUGGUAAUCAGACAUAUGCCUUUGCUGCAGUCAGCAUUGUCGAUAUUGUGACCGAUCUGGCUAUCAUAAUCCUGCCGCUCAGAUUAGUUGCAAACCUGCAGAUGAGGAAACCGUACAAGGUAGCCCUGAUGUGCGUUUUCGGAUUUGGUCUCAUAACUGUCGUAUUCACAGCGAUUCGCCUAUACUUCGUCUUCAACCUUGACUUCACGGAUAUUUCGUUCUCGUCUAUUCCCCUUACCAUCAUCGGCGUCAUCCAACUCUGCGUCGCCAAUAUGGUUUGCUCUGCGCCUCUCCUCCGUCCGGUACUUGACCGUACUGUAGGCCGGUGGCUUUCGCUCUCCAUUGGCAAUUCCUCGCGCGAAACGCCCCGAAACGGUUCCGCACCUGUCAAUAGAUUGAUAUCUGGCGACUCUGCAAAUACAGGGCUGCGAAAGAAUCUUCAUAACCGUUCGAGACUGGCAUCAGGAAGGGGGAAAGACUUUGAACGGAUUACGGAGAGCGAGGAGAAUCUGAGAUGGGAACUCGACGUAAUGCACGCGGACAAGGGGCAAUCAGCAUAUGCAGCAAGCCCGGAUGUAAAUAAUAACAAUAUUGACAAAGUAAAUACGGUACCAGCAGGGAGAAUCCUCAAGAUUCAAUCUACAGAGAUAUCUCGGGAAUAA